UAGUUCUGAAUUUACGAUAUUUUCCACCGCCAUGUCAACGAGUUUCAUCAGAAGUAACCGUGUGCAUUUUUGAUUGAGCAUGCACGGCUCAUCACUAUUAGCAUGGAUCUUUUCAUCCAUUACUGGCUCAAAAGGGAAAGUAUCAUCUAUCGGACACUUCGACAAAUACUGAACAAUAGAACGCACAAUCUUGGCAGUACUUUACCAUGGCGGACGGAAGAGGAAGUAGUGGAUACAAAUACGGUUCUGUUGACAACAACGAUGAAGAAGCGGGCGUCGAUGAGAAAGACAAGAGUUUCGAUGAGUCGAACCUCUAUUUUUACAAGGAAGAGGAUCUGACGAGGCAGGAAAAAAUUUCCAAGUUUGUUAAGUUAUUUGUCCCCAUCAUACUUGCUGUUAGUAUGGUUGGUGGCUUGGCUUAUAUUUUAUUUCAUGAUUUCGGAGAUCUUUAUCCCGGACCGGGAGAAAAAUCUCAUUCGGCAGGGAGGGUCAGCCAGCCAACGACGGUAACAUCAGAUGAUUAUACGCCAAAUAUUGCAAACAUGAGCUCCUCUUCGAAUUCCUCUCAUGGAAGCUCAAUUCCGGUUAUUAGCCAGACGAAAACAUCUUCGGGGAAUUCCUGCGAGGCAAAUCCUGGAUGCGCAGCUUUGGGAUUGACGGGAAAUUGUUGCCCGACGUCAGAAGGGAUUAAAUUAGGUUGCUGCCACUAAGGAAUGAUAUUCGGUUUUAAAUUAUGAAGCAGAUAUUCGAAAGAGUUAUUCUUCAUAAAUAGAACCUGGAAUAUAUGUACUGCACUAAACAAUAGCUCUAAGUCGCCACCAUUAACAAUAAUGAACAUGCCAUUCUAUUUUAAUUCAGUUAUCAUGCGACACAGCGGCUGUAGCUGCACCCCCGAUAUCAGGCAGAGUCUGGCCUAAAGGAUCCAUCUUCGACAAGGGAUCUGAAGUUGCCUUAUGUUUGUCUUGUCUAGAAACUGCCGACGUGGCGACAGCGGUUUCUGUUGUUGGUACGUUUGUGCUGUUACUUGGGCCAUUUCCAAGAACUACUACAACAUUUUUCGCCUCUCCUGAUGCAAUACUUCCGGAAACAGCCGGAGGUGGAGAAGGAUUAUCAUUCAGAUCAUUCGUGGCGUUGUAAAACCCACCAGAAGGCAUGUACGCAGCCCCAGAGGGUGGGAGGUUAGGUCUUCCUCUUCCACUGAAAGCGCCCCGACCCCCACGUCCACGACCUCCUCCAGGGUAACCUCCAGUGCUAACAGUAUUUAC